UCAAUCUGAAAUGAAUGUAAAUGGCAACCAUCCCAGUGUAUAGGUAUGUACGUCAUUGGCGGUGCGCUGCUGAGUCAUCCACCCCAUGUAAGGCCUUAGUUAACUUCCGUCUCCGCGCAACAAACCUGGAUGCUUGGGCGUGUGUUCAUCUCCUCAAUUUUCCCUCCGCAGCUUUUUCUCCCAGUUCUGACUUUCUUCCAAAGCUUCGUUUCAAAAACACCAGCCUCCUUCCCCGCGAUUCAGGGCUCAUUGCUUGACCAACUAGCCCGAAGCUACGUGGUAGUCUCUCAAGCUCAGUCGAGUCGACAACAUUCUCGAACCAACCUGAUACCCGGGUUUCCGACCUUUUAUAUCAUCCAAGAGUCCCAAGAGCCCCUUCCUGUCGUUGCCGAUCCCGAAUUCUGCGCCGACCGUAACUCUCCUCUCAACCUUGAUCUCGCCCCGAACAGAUAGAUAUAUUUCAAAAUGGAUCUCUCCAACAUCUUCCGCUUCGUUAACAUCGCCGUUGGCAUCAUCAUGAUCCUCGGCGGUAUCGCCCAAUUCUUCC